AUGUUGAAAGAGAGUUCAAGCGGAUCUACAUCCGCAUUAUCAUCUUUUCAUAUCAGCAGUGGCUGCCUCUCCAUAUUGACCAAGUUAUUUGUAAAAGAAGCGCAAUAUGCACAAAUCACAAAAACUGAAGCGCUCGAUGCUUGCCAGUCUGUUUUGACAGAUCAAUCAAUAGGAGAAGACUUUAAAGAGUAUUUUUUUGAUUCACUCGUCGAAAACAGAGUCUUGGUACCCUCGUCAAAGAACAUCUACUUGAUUCACGAUGUCACAACACAAAGCAUACUUGUCAAUGUCACCCGAUGUUAUUCACCUCUUUGUAAACCACACGUCAAUGAUAUUUGCUACUCGCCUUGCUGUCCUAACAGAAAGCUAGUUGCCUUUUAUCUGAAUGAUAGUCAGGUCAAUGAUACAGAUCACAUUGACUGGACCUCUAAAAUACCUCGAUACAUUCUCGAAGAAUUGACACCCACAGAGAAAAAGAGACAGCUUGCUAUUGAAGAGCUUGAAAAUUACGAAAACAAUUUCUUGAAACAGCUUGUUGUUGUUCGAGACAUAUUUGCACGACCCUUGUUAUCAUCGCAAACAACAAUUGAGGAAUCGCGACGGUAUUCGUUUCAUGAUACGCUGUUUGGAAACUAUCACAUUCUUGCAAACUACCACAAGAAACUAGUUCGAGAAUUGGACGGCUCAAGAGACUCAAACAACUUUAACCUGUUUCCUGAUUCCACCACGAUCGGUAAUAUACUGUACAAGCAUUUUUCCAGAAUGAUAGAUCCCUAUAUUCGAUACGUUUCAAAUCAUGUAUUUGCAAAGUUCCAAUACAGCUUGGAGUACAGCAAGAAUCCAGCAUUUGUGCGCUUCAUUGAGCAGCAAGAAGCCAUCGAAAAGGAUUUUCGCAUACCACUCAAAGGGUUGCUCAUAUCACCUAUUGUGCGCAUGGCCAAGUACGACCUCUUGCUGGACACCAUUCUGAAAAACUCAGAGCACAACGAACGUGAUACCUUGACCAAAACCAUCUCUCUAUUAGGUGAUAUCUUGUACAAAAUAAACGAAGCCACUCGGAAAGCUGAAGCCGAACAAAGGCUCAUGGAAAUCAAGCUUGGUUUGCGCAUGAAGAGACCCAGCAUUCGCUAUCAGCAUCGUUUGCAACAGAUCCUGCCUGAUGAUGUCGGUUUGUUGUUUGAGGGCACCUUAAAUCUGACUAAGCCGCCGCCCAUUCCGCCCACUGUAUGCCAGCUGUUUCUGUUCACAAAUGUUUUGAUCAUCACACGGAAGAGAACAACGGCAGACGGUGAUGUGGAAUUCAUACUUAUUGAUAAGCCAAUACCCAUUCAUAUGCUCAAAAUUGGACGCACCUCGUCUAGUCGCUCCAGACUCGUCUCGCAUCGCCAAUCGAGUUUACUAUCAUCCAUCAAAAAGCAGUACUAUCAUCACCAUUAUCGUAGCCAUAGCGAUAAUAGCAGUAAUCGGUUCGUUGCCAUGACAACAGCAGCAGCAGCAGCAGUAGCAGAAGCGAGCAAUCAGUCAGACGAGAGUUCGUCCAUCUAUUCCGAUGUCUAUACUAUAUCAGGCUUGAAAAUACGACAUCGCAUCAAAACAAUGAAGCAACGCAUUCGCAAAAGAAACAAGACAUCAAUACCCUCCUACCAGCAUGCGGAUACGGCCAUUGCGUCUGAUACCUUUAGCAUACUGCCCUCCUCUUUAUUGCAGAAAUCAGCAUCAUACCCAGCUCGUACCGACUCACCACACAUCUUGAGAUCAAGACUGUUGCAACUACAUCACAUUGCUGAUCCAAACCUGAAUUACCUAUUCGAAUGCCCAACGACCGAGAAUCGACUGAUGUGGAAGAACAAGAUUAAGUCUAUCCUGCCCAACCCUGAUCACGGGCCUUUUGAACUCAAGCCUAUCUGCAGCAACCUGAAUUGCUCUCAAUUACAAAGUGUGGGUGGAAGAUAUGCAACGGGAUGCGGCACCAUUUGGUGCUCUUUGCCAUUUACUGCCUCGGAUGGUAGAGAUGCCAUCGCACUAGGAAGUCAGUACGGGCUAUGGGUAGCAUAUACAGACGGAUCCGAGCUCUUCAAGCAAAUCCUAUCCUGCAACUGUCAUCAGCUGGAACUGUUUGAUAACAGAAUGAUCAUUGUCAGAAGCUCUAAACCCAACAGAAUGCUGGGUGUCAUUAUGAUUGACGAUAUUUAUCCAUCUUCCUCUUCAGAUGUUGCUGCCAGCAGCAAGCCCCUAUCAACAGUACCUGCCGUCCACAAUGACCAUUAUACAAGUUUCAAGGAUAUUCAUAUACUGCAAAAGUCAGGCGUUGUUCACUUUGCCGUUGGUACAUUGGGCGGUGAGUCUAUCCUUUGCUAUUUACGUCGACGUCGUACAGGCUCAGUUCGUCUAGUGCUCCUGUUUUACCGAGCUGAUGGUACAACACAAUCGUCAUGGUUCAAGAAAUUCAAAGAAUACAAGCCUCUGUUCAUCCAGCCUUCAGACCUCAAAAUUAUUGACGAUCAUGUAUACAUCCGAUCCAAGGCAGAAGGUAUUGAGAAGGUUGACAUUAUCAGCUGGAUCACAGCGGGCUCCUCCUCAAGCUCUCAUCAUUUGCACGAGCAUGCACCCAAGUAUUCAUACCGCAUCGACUUACCUGCACCGUACCAUGUCUCCAUGAUUGGCAACCAUCAAGUGGACAAUCCUGCUCUAACAACCAUUGGCUACGUCGCCUUGAACCAGCCUGGCACAGGCCUCAUCUGCAGUGCUCAAUUUGCAUGCCCAGUAGCAGACGCCAAUGCCGAUUCCCUGCAACAAGAGAUUGAAUUCGAAUCAGAAGCAAAGUCGGUUGUUGUAUAUUACCCGUAUUUAAUUGCAUUUUCAUCCAAUGUCAUUGAGAUUAGACAUUUAGAGACGACUGCACUCGUUCAGGCGAUCGCAGGUAGCAAGAUCAAAUGCCUCUAUUCCACUUGCAAAUACAAAUCAUCAGCGGUAAUCAUCCAUGUAUCCAUGUUGCAUGCUGACCAAGACCAAACCAAAGUGCAUCAGCUUUAUUUGAAGAAUCCAUUGUCUACCUACGAUGAUUAA